AUGACGCACCACCUCCUCGCCGCGUCGCUCCUCCUCCCGCUCACCCGCCCGAACUUCACCUCGCCACCGCCCGCCACCACCGUGUGCGACGAGCUCUGCCUACAGGGCUUCCUGCGUGGCCUGCUCCCGGCCAACGUGCGUGCCUACACGCUCGAUGCCGGCUCCGGGGACUUCAUCAUUGACCUCCGCUCUAGCUGGCGCAUCGUGUAG